CUAACUGCUGAUCCCAAGAUUCGAUUAUGUAACAAUUGAAUUCUAGAACAAUCAAGUAUUACAGAUGGACCAGGGUGGAGGUUUCAAAGUAUUGAAACGUGGAGAAAUGGCUUUCCUUCAUUUGGAUAUUAGAUGUCUGUAUACCAUUCUUCUUUCCACCACAUUUGGCUGCAUUUUUUCUUCAACUACUGAACUAAAAGUUAAUCCUCCCCAGCAUUUUGAAAUAGUAGACCUUGGGUAUUUAGGCUACCUCUCCUUGCAAUGGAAGCCUCCACUGACUCUGGAUGAUUUUAAGGACUGCGCAGUUGAAUAUGAAUUAAAGUGCCGAAACAAUGAUAGUGAAGACUGGAAGACCAUUAUUACUAAGAAGCUCUCUUACAGAGUUGGGUUUGAUCUUAACAAGGGCAUUGAAGCAAAGAUACGCACAAUUCUGCCAGAGCAAUGCGCAAAUGGAUCAAACGUUCAAAGUUCAUGGUUGGAAGCUACUUAUUGGACACCAUCACAAGGAAAUGUGGCAACUAGAAUUCAGGAUAUGGAUUGUGUAUAUAACAACUGGCAAUAUUUAUCCUGCUCCUGGAAACCUGGCGUGAAUAUCCCUUUGGAUACCAAUUACUAUUUAUUUUACUGGUAUGAUGGCUUAGACCAAGCAGCUGAGUGUGCUGAAUAUUUGAAGGCUAAUGGGACAAAUAUUGGAUGCAGGUUUCCUUCGUUGGAGUCAGCAGACUAUAAAGAUUUCUAUAUAUGUGUUAAUGGAUCAUCGGAAUCUAUGUCCAUCAUGUCCAACUAUUUCAUUUUUCAGCUUCAAAAUAUAGUUAAACCUUUGCCACCACACUACUUUUUGCUUAUAAUGAAUUCUUCUGGUGCAAUUAACCUGAAAUGGACUGUGCCUCGAGGACCCAUUCCAGCAAGAUGCUUCAUUUAUGAAAUUUCACUAAGAGAAGAUGAUUCUACCUGGAUGUCUUGCACAGUUGAUAAUGAAAUAUUCACCAAGAGAAUGUCAAAUAAAAGCCAUCAAAUAUGCAUUUCAGUAAGAAGCAAAGUGAAUAUGUUUUGCUCAGAUGAUGGAAUUUGGAGUGAGUGGACUGAAGAAAAAUGCUGGAGAGAUAACAGAUGGAAGGAAACUUGGGCAUAUUCCAUGUUACCAUUGGGUUUUGCCUCACUAUUUCUUUUGUCGACACUUUUACUGUUUUUGUAUAAUCGACAAGCUUUACUUAAAACGAUUCUUAAUUCGAACAAAGAAGUUUUUACUCAGCAAGAAACGUGCUGCUGAUCCACCAACUUCUAUUCAUAUGGCUACUUGUCAAAUAGAGUCAUUAAAUGAAUUUUCCUCAAAAUGUUAAA